AAAUGGCCGCCUGAGAGGGGAGGGAGGGCGACGCUGCGGGUGUUCGGGGACGGACGGAGCGGGGUGAGCCAGGACCGAGCCCGCUGAGGCGUGGGGAGAGCAGCGGACCGAGAGCUGGGGAGGCGGCGGCGGCGGGCGGUGGCGGCGGGCGGUACUCUUCCACUCAUCAAGAUGGAAGGCUCAGAUUCUAGUGAUAAAGGAAAUAUUGAUCAAUCAGAAGCACAACGUCAGAGUCAGCUAGACCGGUUAGAUCGAGAAGAAGCUUUCUAUCAGUUUGUGAACAACCUGAGUGAAGAGGACUACAGGCUUAUGAGAGAUAACAAUUUGCUAGGCACACCAGGUGAAAUUACUGAAGAAGAGUUGCUGAGAAGGCUACACCAAGUUAAAGAAGGUCCGCCACAGCAAAACAGUGAUGAGAAUAGAGGUGCAGAGUCCGCAGAAGAUGUGUCAAACGGAGAUUCUAUAAUAGACUGGCUUAAUUCAGUCCGACAGACUGGAAAUACAACACGAAGUGGGCAACGAGGAAACCAGUCUUGGAGAGCCGUGAGCCGGACUAACCCAAAUAGUGGUGACUUCAGAUUCAGUUUGGAAAUAAAUGUCAACCGUAAUAAUGGGAACACAAAUCCAGAAACUGAGAAUGAGCCAUCUGUAGAGCCUUCCAGUGGGGAGGAUUUGGAAAACAGCCAAAGUGACUCUGAAAUUCCAAGGUCUGAAUCACCAUCUGUAAGGCAGCCUGGAUCAGAAAGGAGCACUUCAGAGGAGCUAACAACUGAGGAAGCUUCCCCUCCUAGAGGGCAGAGGAGAGCGAGAAGUAGGAGUCCAGAACAGCGGAGAACGCGGGCUAGGACUGAUAGAAGUAGGUCACCUAUUAAUCCAGUGAAUGAGACUCCUCGCAGGUCUCAUCACAAUACAUCAUCUCAAACACUUGACCACUCCUCAGCGAAUGAAGCUGAGGGAAGCUCUAGAACUAGGCAGCAUGUGACAGUAAGACAGCAUACAGUGGGGACUGAGAUGCCAAGUGAAAAUGCAGUUCUGUUUUCAACCCCCGAGACGAGACCUGUUCCUCAAGCGGCAGGUUCUUCAGAAACUAACGGCACCAGUGAGUCUGCAGCUCCUGGGCAGAGGCCUCCCACCAUAGUACUUGAUCUUCAGGUGAGAAGAGUUCGUCCGGGAGAAUAUCGGCAAAGAGACAGCAUAGCCAACAGAACUCGGUCCAGGUCCCAGACACCUAACAACACAGUCACUUACGAAAGCGAACGGGGAGGGUUUAGGCGCACGUUUUCACGUUCAGAACGGGCUGGAGUGAGAACUUACGUCAGUACCAUUAGGAUUCCUAUCCGUAGGAUCUUAAACACAGGCUUAAGUGAGACUACAUCAGUUGCUAUUCAGACUAUGCUAAGGCAGAUAAUGACAGGCUUCGGAGAGCUGAGUUACUUCAUGUAUAGCGAUAGCGAUACAGAUCCUAGUGGCCCAACUCCAAAUCAGAACGUGGAUGCUGCUGAGCCGCAGCCCGGAGGUGGUGGUACUUCAAGCAACGAAGGUACAGAUGUUAGCUCAGGGGAGGUGUAUGAAGGUGGGAAUGAAGGUGGUUCGACAUCUGGGGCCAGACGGGAAGGUCGGAAUACAAGGGGAUCGGUCACAUUUGAAGAAAGUGGUUCUCUACCAUUCCUUAGCCUAGCACAAUUUUUCCUACUAAAUGAAGAUGAUGAUGACCAACCAAGAGGACUCACCAAAGAACAAAUUGACAACCUAGCGAUGAGGAAUUUUGGUGAGAGCGAUGCUCUGAAAACCUGUAGUGUGUGUAUCACAGAGUACACGGAAGGCAACAAGCUCCGUAAAUUGCCUUGUUCGCACGAGUAUCACGUCCACUGCAUUGAUCGCUGGUUAUCAGAAAAUUCCACUUGUCCCAUUUGUCGCAGAGCAGUCUUAGCUUCUGGUAACAGAGAGAGUGUUGUCUAAAUGAGAUCUGAAUUUAUGGCCAAGCAGCUAGUGUGAUAGUGAUGGGCAAAGAAGUCACUUCCUUUAUGGCCACUUUUUGAGUGGUUCCUCAAUGUAUAGUAAUGACUUAGAGUGAAUCUUCCCUCAUGAAAGCAUUUUCUCUGAAUUCAAGCUUUUAAAAUCAGAAAAUUUCUUUAAUUAGGGUUUUCAAGAUCUAGUCAGUUUGGGUGUUAAAUUUCACUUGUCCAAAGACAUCUACCCGCUUAAAAAUAGUUCUUUCUUUGUGAAGAUAAUUAAGUUCUUUCCCCCACCCAGCCCCUGCCAUCCCAGUCCAAUAAACAUUUUGCCCUCAAGACUGUGCUUACGAGGAGUUCUUUGAGACGUCAUCCCAGCUAAAUGUACAUGAGUCGUAGAGGAAUUUUUGCAAGAAAUCCAACUAUCUGAAAAAAUAACAUGAACUUAAUUGCACACUUGAACAUACUUUUAAUUUUCAUACCGGGUUAAUAUUGGACAUGUCUGUGUAAAUAACACUAAUGUUAGCCCUUUCCCCAUCACUAUGGCACGCUGUAGGAUGAGCUGUUAGCUUAAUUGGGAUAUUUAUCUUGUUGUGGAAAUAUAAGAAUUGCCUAUGCUUGUUUAAAUAAAAAAAAAAUCUGUUUUAAAAUUGUAAAGCUUUUUUGUAGAAGCUCAGUACUUUUCCAAUGCACUGUUGUACUAACGCAUUAAGAAUUAAAAUUGUACCAUGCUUAGAAAUCAAGAAUGCUUUUCAUACAAAACCCACCACACAGAGAGCAAACUAAAUACGAGAGCUGCUUUUGUAACUGUGUACCUGUCAAGAGCAGUGCAUAUCUGUACUAUUUAUGUGAACAGCUACUGUAAUAUAAAAACAGUUGAAUUAGACAUCUUAAUUGCAUUAAAAAAUGGAAAUUAAAUGUUAUAAUUGCAGUGUUUUGGCUCAGUAAUGCCACCAAAAAAGAUGAUAAAAAUUAGAAACUCUUCUAAUGGCUGGUUAUUUCUUGAUAUGGUUACUGAUACGUAAUAAUACAAACUGGUAUGUACCAGUUCAUUCAGUGAGGCUUAUGCCCAAUUUUUGUAUCAACUUUUACUUUCAGUUUGUGUAACUAUUCAGCAGACAAGUACCAACAGGUUUUUUUUCUUCCCCACCAGCUUUGACUAUAUUAGUAACCUCUGGGUCUGCUGAGGUUUAUCUGCUGAUGCAUCCACUGCUGGUAGCCGGUAACUCCAGUGCCACAGAAAAAGAAUUUAAGCAUUAACCGGAAAACAAAUUAUUAGUGUUAGUUUAAAUCUGAAAAUUAUAAUUGAUUAUGGGAGUACACUUAAAUGUGUAGCCAAUUCUAAGAAUAACAUUGAAAAAAACCAUAAACCCUUUAUAGACUGAUCGCACAGAUUGAAAUGAGUUGAAUUUACUUUUAAAAUUAUGUAUGUGGCAUAUUGAAAUUGAGAAUUGGAGAAUGUACCGCAACUCUCAUCAGUGUCAGGGGAAAACAUCCUUCACCCUCGAUGCCCUGUUCUGUGUUGUAUUCUCUAAUGAUUUUUUUUUUUUUCCCUAGCUUACAUGUGCAGCAGGGAAAGCAGUAUUUAUUUCGAUUCCAGGGUAGUAGUGAUAAAGCGAUAUGAACUGCUCUUGCUGGCUAUAUGGGAAAUGUUGCUUGUUCCUCAGAUGACAAAACCAAAGCUGGCCUAUCUCUCCUUCCUAACGGAAACAGAUUUUUGGUGUUUUAUAGUGGUGGUUGCAUAAAACUAUAGUCUCUGCUCUAAGCCAUUUUAACAUCUUGUCAGCUAGUUAAGGAUUCCACGAUGUUCCAAAAUUCCGAAUUUUUUCUCCGUGUGGGUUUUGUGGUGUUUGGUUCAGUGGGAAACCCUGACUGGCUAUUGAGCUCGCUUUCCUCCUGGUGGGACACACCAUCGUGGCAGAGGGGAUUUUUUUUUGAACAGAAGAAUGAAUAAGCUCAUGGUUUUGAAUUUUUCCCUCUGACAUGCGUUACUGUAAAAUUGGAAGUUAGGUAUUAAUUUCAGGUGCUGGGCUCUCUAUGCCAAAAUUUCCUCAACAAAAUAACACUUUUGAAUUUCUUAUGGUAGCAUUCACAUAGCAAAGACAUGCUAUCAGUUGCAGUUGCCAGUGGCUUUACUGACUUAUGGAGCGUAGAAUUAGAAGGAAAAAAACCCCAACAACCCUCUGUACGUGAAUACCGUGUUAGAUUUUGAAUGUCUGAUGUACAUCUCUGAGGACUGAGGCUGGUGACCAGAAAGAAAGGAGCCCACUAGUGCUAAUCAAUGCGAAGCUCAGCUGUGAUACGUGUCAUUCAACAUGGCUUUUCUUUUUAAUGUUCUGAGUUUCCGGUAACUGUUCACAUUGGUAGAAACCAUUUUACCGUUUUGUUAUAGCUUAAUAGUGGCAUGCCUUAACAUUUUAUCUUUCUGUAACGAUAGCAACUAAUAAAAUGCUGGAGGUUUCCCAAAUGGUACCAAGAACAAAUAAUUUAACCUCCGUUCAGGAGCCCUUGGAUGUUCUUAGUGUUUUAUAUGCCUUUUCCAACACUGAGCGUGCUAAAGGCGCUGGGGGUUCGUUGCCUGACGUCUGGAGGAGUUGGCAGAAAUUAAAUUGCUGAUACAGCAGAGACUUCUUUAUGUAGCCGAGUCAUCCGUCAGCCUCUGUGGUAAUUCAAUUUCUAUUCUUUUAAAGUUAGAUUGGAGUUAGGAGAAGCCACUAUUAACACUGCCGUUGCUAACCAAGUAGAAAGACACUCUAGCGAGGUUCACAAUUAGCCUAAUUUACAGUUUAUGAAUCAUUUUGGUAUCGAGCAUUUGUACUUCUCGCUUCCCUCCGUUUACGCUUUCUUGGUGUUUCAGGAGGGAGACGGCCGCUUCACUGACGCUUGUAGCCGUACGAAGGGUUAAAAGGGCUAAUCCUGCUUUUUUCCAAGGCCUGACUGUACAGAAAUGAGUCUGAGGCGGCAGGCAGCUGCCUGGGUCACAGUGCCACCGUGUGGGAGCCUCUCUCAGCCUUCCCUCGCUCCGAGCAGCACAGUUUCUUUGGCGUUGAAAGCUGCUGCUUUUAUUUUAUUUUUGAAGGAGGUUCCCUGGUAUUGCCUGCCUCGGUAGUUAUCGUGGUGGGUUUUUCUAACUGCAAACCACCCGAGCUCCUGCUGUGAAUAUCUGUCUGGGGUGUGAGCUUAAUUCCUUCAGUUCCAGACCUGGACCUCCGUACACGGCGAUUAAAGCAGUCACAAGGCAAAAUGCACAGUAUUUUUUAUUUAAGAAUGCGUUUGCUAGUUUAACUCAGAUUGUGAACCCAUACAGACUUGUGGGUGCUUGCUUGCCUCUUUUUUUUUUUUUUUUUUUUUAAUUGGGGCUUUAUCCGUUAAAAGACUGUGAAGAGUUACUCCUGGGGUUGGUUAGAUUUCCCUUUCACGUGCACUUUUUUAUUUCUUUGAACAGGUUGGGUUUUUUGCAAAGAACUUGUAGGCAGUUAAUUGACUUAUUUUAAAAAUUACUUGAUUAGUGUAGGUACUGCAUGCAUAGAAAUUACUCAUUAAAAGUUUAAAGAUGUUUUGUAGGAAGUGCUGAGGUGCAGGCACAGCAGCUGGACUGACAUGAUCCGUACCAGUUUUGAAGGAGCCAUAAUUGUCCAUUGUGUCAACUUGCAACCGAAGAGAUUUCCCACCAAAGUUGGCACAAUGGGCCAUAAUGACUGUCAUUCCAGUUUCCUGUCACUUGUCUGGAUUAUGCAAAUGCGGAGCGUCCAGAGGACUGUUUCCCUGGUCUGUCCGCAGCCGAUGUUUAUCUUGAGAUGGUUGCCGACACAGAGAGGAGGUUCCCAGCGGUCUCGUAAUAACGAGGGUCUCGUGAAGAUGAGAAUAGAAAUGCGUUAAGGCUGACCAUUGGUCUCUGACUUGUAGCAGUGCGACGAGGGGGUUUUUUUCUCCGUCACACUGCAAUACAGAGCUGCAUCCUGUCGGCUUAGCCGCAGCCUUACCAUUAGUUUGGGCUCCCUUUCAUUAAUGAGUACGUUCGUGUAACUGAUGUCUGGGUUUUCUCACCGGUCAUCCUUGCUCUCUACCGCGGGGGCUCCCGUUGCUUGAUUAAGGGUUUGUAAACAAGUAUGGAGCUGAUGAGGUACACAGCCGUGAUGGAAACGUCUGCCUGCUCCUCUGCCUUAAAAUCACAGUAUUGUUUGGGUGGGAAGGGACCUCACAGCCCAUCUAGUUCCAACCCCCUGCCAUGGGCAGGGACACCCUCCACCAGCCCAGGUUGCCCAAAGCCCCAUCCAACCUGGCCUUGAACACUGCCAGGGAGCCAGGGGCAGCCAUAAAUUUAUUGAGCAACCUGUCCCAGUGCCUCACCACCCUCGUAGAGAAGAAUUUUUCCUUCUAUCUGAAUCCACCCCCCCCCAGCUGAAGGCCAUUCCCCCUGGGCCUGUCACCCCAAGCCCUCCUGCCCUCUCCCAGGAGGAGGUGCUUUGGAGGAGGGUUGGCUUGGAGCCACGUUAAGGGAAUUCAUAACAAAGUCCGAAAGAUUUCCAACCCUCGCAUACACUAGGCUUUUUGUUUGUUUAUCCUCCACUAGGGAGAGGAGGAGGAGGGCAAAGAGACGGAAUCGAUGGUAACUUACCCAAAGCACAUACAAGUUGUGUUGUGUUGAAAAGAAGUUUGCAUCUGUUAAACCAGGGCUUCCCAACCUCUUUUUUGGUAGGAGGUAUCUCUUUUUAUUCUUCUUUUUCUUAUGGGGAAACAUACCAUUGAAUUUGAUUGUUUUAUCUGGUUUUGUUCCCUUAAGCUCAAAUACUCAAGACCCCUUCCUGAAUUUCACUGUCAUCUGCUAGUAAGGCUGUUGGUUGGGAAGCCCUGAAUCCAACUGAGAAUGUAACAGUUUUCUUUUUUUUUCUUUUUUUUUUUCCUUUUUUUGUACAGUGCUUUACACCUGUUUAUACUGGAGUUGUUUAAUACAAAAUGGUACUCUGAGGUCAUUGGACAACAGUUUGACCCGAUUUGAUAGCUAACAUUUAGGAGGAGUUUGUUCCCUAUGUAAGAUGUCAUAAUGCAAAUUUAAAUAGACUCAAUAAAAUGCAUGAAGUGUU